UACCGUCCGCCAGUUCAUACCAAGAUGCGUUAAUGAUACGACGUUAAACUGCAAAUUAUUAUUAGUUUCGACGAGUGGUUUAUUUCCUACUUUUUAAAGUGUUUCCGUGAUUAUGAAUAUUAAUUUAAAGUAUAAAUAAGUGAGAUUUUAAAAUAAGUAGGUGGUUGAAUAUUAUUAUAAAUAGUUUGGAAGAAAGAAGAUUUUAAUCAGAAUGUAUUUCAUAAUACUGUCGUGUUUAACGGCGUGUGCGCUGGCGCAGACAACCAUUGACCCCAACCUCCUCAUCGAGCUGUUCGGCACCCCCCAGCCGCCCGUUACCCCGACCCCCAACACGACGACUCGGUUGGAAGAUAUAACAGUAAAGCCGACAGACAAGACGACAACCUUUACCGACGUUAACGGCGAGGCAUGCAAAUGUGUGCCUUAUUACCUUUGCGAUAACGAACUUAACGACGUUAACUCUAAUAACGCCAGCGUCACUGGAUACGGGACUUUGGAUAUUAGAUUCGGCGAGGACGAUUGCCAGGAAAGCAUAGAGAGGUGUUGCAAGAACCCUAAGAAGGAGGAAGAGGUGACCACUCCUGCGCCGAACCCUAACAGGCCCAAGGGUUGUGGUUACAGGAACCCCAAAGGACUGGACUUCACCAUUACUGGAGGAUCGGGUAACGAGGCGCAGUUCGGCGAGUUCCCCUGGGUGGUGGCCGUGUUGGACGCACUCAACGACACGUACGCCGGCGUCGGAGUGCUCAUACACCCGCGAGUCGUGCUCACUGGAGCACAUAUUGCCAACAAAUAUGCCCCUGGUACUUUGAAGAUUCGCGCCGGGGAAUGGGACACGCAGACGUUCAAGGAAAGACUGAAGUACCAGGAGAGAGUUGCUCAAGACAUAUACAUACACCAAGAGUUCGCUCCAAAAAGCUUGAAAAACGACAUGGCUCUGCUCCUCCUCCAGGAGCCAGUGGAGUUAAUGGAGCACAUCAAUAUCAUCUGCAUGCCAACCCUGGAUGAGAACUUCGACCGGUACAAGGGUUGCAUCGCCAAUGGGUGGGGGAAGAACCACUUCGGUGUCCAAGGUCGGUACGCCGUGAUCCUCAAGAAAGUGGAGAUAGACAUGGUACCGAAUGAUCGUUGUCAGACAUUGCUGCAAAGGACCCGGCUUGGCACUAACUUCAAGCUGCAUAACAGCUUCGUCUGCGCAGGCGGCGAGCCCGGAAAGGAUACUUGUCAGGGCGAUGGUGGCGCUCCCCUAGCGUGUCCAAUCGGUAACGACCGCUACAAACUGACAGGUCUCGUCGCGUGGGGCAUCGGAUGUGGCCAAAAGGACGUUCCUGCCGUCUACGCAGCCGUCGCCCGCUUCCGGCGCUGGGUUGACGACAAAAUGGCCGCCUGGGGACUCGACAUUUCCGGUUACAAUGUUUAAAAUGAUUCAUGUAACUCACUUUUUAUUUUGACAUACAUAAUGCAGAAAAAAAAAUAAAAGAGAAGGUGCAGGUCGUGUCGUAUCGGGAGGUGAAGGUUUUGGCGGGAAGAAGAGAGGAAUGGCGGUUACUCCACCGACAAGAGCGCAGCUCUUAAAUAGAGAGAGAGAGAAUCCAGAAAAAAAAACAUCGCAAUUAUAAAGAAAUAAAUCCUAAAACCCGUAUGCUAAGAUGUUAACUCAACUGUUCCUCCACUCGACUCAGCCUCAGCUGAGCAUUUUAUUUUAAGUUGACAUUUACGCCCUCGACUUGAGGACUACUCACUGGAGUCGAGUAUGUCAUACUGCCAACAUAAUAAUACAAAAAUGACGUCAUGCCUUACUGGAGUAACCUCGAGGUAAGGUUGCGGCGCCGUCUAAAGGUGGUAUUAAUAAACUAAUCUCAGCUGAGACUGCCCUCAAGAUCAUGCUCAAGUCACUGUUUUUAUAUGACAACUGUCACAUUGACAUGAUCUUGAGAGCAGUCUCAAAGCUGAGUUAAGUUUAUUAAUACCACCCUAAGAAUACCAAUUUAGAGCAGACUUAGAGGAAUAUUUGAGGCCGCGUUCCCCUGACAAAAAUAUAGAUGGACCUGUCUAUUACCUACAACACACACACAUAAUCGGCCCAUAUAUACGUCCCACUGCUGGGCACAGAGAGAGCACACUCCACUACGCUGCUCCAAUGCGGGUCGGUGGAGGUGUUUUUACGGCUAAUAGCCGGGACCAACGUCUUAACGUGCCCUCCGAAGCACGGAAUCAUCUUACUUUUUCGGACAAUCAGGUGAUUCAAGCCUGAAAAGUCCUUACCAAACAAAGGACAGUCUCACAAAGUGAUUUCGACAAUGUCCCCAUCGGGAACCGAACCUAGACCUCCAGAUCGUGAGCCUAACGCUCUUACCACUAGCCCACGGAGACUGUAAAAAAAAAUAUUGGCAGAGGCUUAAAAAUACUUGUUGCUGGAAUCUUAGGGUGGUAUUAAUAAACUAAUCUCAGCUGAGACUGCCCUCAAGAUCAUGCUCAAGUCUCUGUUUUUACAUGAGAACUGUCACAUUGACAUGAUCUUGAGGGCAGUCUCGAAGCUGAGAUUAGUUUAUUAAUACCACCCCUAGAUCAGAUUUGUAUAGAACUAUGUUCUAACCUAUAUUGCUUCUCUUUAUUUUGAACAGAAUAAAUCAUUAUCAGUGUCUGAAAUCCAUGAAAUUAGAAGGUUAAACGGACCAAGCGUUGGACAAUGCCAUCUAUAUUUUGAUCAAGGAACUUGGCCUGGAAAGUCACUCAUAACAGGAGUCAGUUUCAACCAAUUAGAGGAUAGAGUUUCUAUAUGUAUAUCAAAUAGAAAUUGAGUUACACGAUUUGGCUUCUGAGCGGAAACGAUAGAUGUCGCUUUUGACUUGAAUAAUAAAGAUUUCUUACAUAUUUUUAA